AUGCCUGCUCAGGGCCUGACCAAAGCGCAACGCAUGUCGUACCGCAUUGGACGGGGCGAGAUGGGUGUCUUGACGUUCGAGCCCUACAAAUCCGAGAUGCUGCCUUCAUGGCGGUUCAAGACGCCGGCCGUGGCCAGGAAAUCGGCGGCGGACAUCUACGCCAGGUUCGUUGCGUACGACGACGCGGAUGACUUUGUCGGCAUGGACAUGGCGCGCAAGUUCCUGCAGAUGGGCAUGACGCGCGCGAAGCGGUAUGCGAACCACAAAGGAGGGAGCAAGUACGACAAAGCCACGGGCGAGGCACUGGUGCAAGAUGAGGAUUUCGAGGGGCGGGCGGAGAAGUUGGAGGCUAGUUUGGUUUUCAAAGAGGUUUGGGAGAAGGCGAAGCGGCAUGAUGGGUAUCAGAGUAAGAAGGAGCGGUUUCAGAAAGAGCAGAAGGAGUGGGAUAAAGCGCAGAAGAAGGGUGCGAAGACGGAGGUCAAGGGAGAGGGGGGCAGUGGAGUGGAUGUGAAGACGGAGGCCAGGGGAGUGGAUGUGAAGCCGAAGAGGGAGAGGAGGACGAAGAUCAAGACUGAGAUCGAAGAGGAAAGCGAGUGA